CCACUUCACUGACCGGUGCAAAGGAAUUUUCAAAAAGAAACAUUUUAUUCUGUGAGAGAGGGGUGACCACUUCACGGCUGCUUGUCUUGUGCUCAGUCCUCGAGCUACUUGGAGGGACCAUCUCCGUAGUUAACAAUGAUUUACAACAAUACUACAGCCAUCUUACAGAUCCAGGAGCUGCAUAAUGCUUUCAUGGAUGGGAUUAUCCUGUACUUCUGGGUGUCGGUGGUGAUCGGGAUUGUAAUUGGCGUCUUCAUCUGGAUCCUGUUGGCAGUCCUGUCCUGCCAGAAGCAGGCGAGCGCCACCAUCUCCCAGACCACAAGCCGCCGUUCCCGUACGUCUCCUCACAACGCGGUGCUGACUCGGAGCAGCUUCUACCGCACCAACAGCUACGACAGGCACGGAGACAGCAACCUGCCCUUGGCGAGCACUCUGACCUUCCAACGUCAGUGGUCCCAGGACCAGGCCGACAGCUAUGACAGGAAGCAGAACUUCCGAGCCUCCACUUUCCACCCGUUCGCCCAGGAUCCGCUGGACGGGAUUCCACCCUCGUCCACCCUGCUCUGCACCGACACCUCUUCCAGCCUGAACUGCACACAGGACCACCACUGCUCGGAAGGCCACAGCUAUGGUUGCCAUUCCUCACAGACCCCGCCACCUGCCUACAAGUUUGUCGUGGAGCCAUCCAAGAGGACCCUAGCAUAACACCUUCUCAGCUAGCAAGGAAUGAGCAACCACAGUUGCCCCCCCAGUGCCCUGACGUUGAACGUUAGGAACCUGAAUCAGAAUCAGGUUUAAUACGACAGGCUUAUGCUGUGAAGUUUGUUACUUUUUGACAGCAGUGCAUUUCAAUACAUAAAAAACUAUAAAUUGCAAUAAAAAAAUAUAUAUAAUUAAAUUAACUAAGUAGUGCUAAAAGUAAAGACCAAAUAAAGAAAAACAUAGACAGGUAGCAUACAUCUGUUCAUUGUCCAUUUGGAAAUCUGAUGGCAGCGGGGAAGAAGCUGUUCAUAAGAUGUUGAAUGUGUGUCUUCAGGCUCCUGGACCACCUCAUUAAAGAGAGGACACGUCCUGGGUGAUGGAUGCCACCUUUUUAAGGCAUCGCCUUUUGAAGCUGUCCUGGAUGCUGGGGAGUCUACAGCAGGCUGAGUUUGCAACCUACUGCAGUUUUUUUCCCAGUUCUUUGCAGUGGCCUCUCCAUACCAGAUGGUGAUGCAACCAGUUAGAGUGCUCUCCAUGGUACCUCAGUACAAGUUUGCAAGUCUUUGGUGAUAUACCCAGUUUCAUUAAAUGCUUAAUGAAGUAUAGCCACAGUAUUUCUCAUUAGAUUGUAGACGUUCUACUCAAUUGGUCUGGUCAGAAUGUACCGCAGAAGAAUUGUGAAUAAAGCAUCACUAAUAUGUUCAAAGGUCAAAGUUCAAAGUAAAUUUAUUUUCAGACUACAUGUAUGCCACCAGGUACAACCCUGAGACUAAUUUUCUUGUGGGCAUUUACAGUAAAUAUGAGAAAGACAAUUGAAUCAAUGAAAGACCAACAACUAAUAUGCAAAAAACCUGUGCAAGUACAAAUGAAAGAGAAAAAAUUAAUAAUAAUAAAAAUAAUAAUUACUAUUAUUAUCCCCAGAUCAGGUGGCUGUUUGUGGCAAAACAGGACCAGAUGGUUAACAGAAAAAAAUUGUCAAAAAUACAUAACAAAAGAUCAACAAAUUCAAGACAAUAAAUACAGAAAAUGCCGAGAAAAACUAGGAACAAUCCAACACAUGACAGGAUCCUGAUGGGUGAGAUUUUGCCAGGACUCCAUGAUAGCUUCCUUUCCCUUCAUCCCCAAGCAAGUAAGCUCUGCUUAAUAGUGGGACCUCCAUUUUCCAUCUCCGAUGUAAAAUGGCAAGACCUCUGGGGUCUUCCACAAGCUGACUCUGUUUCUUUGAGUACUGUGAGAAGGUUUUGGUCCCUUAUCUUAGAAAGGAUGUGCAGAAAAUGGAGAAAGUUCAAAGGAAGUUCAAAGAAAAUGAAUCCAGGAUUGAAUAGCUUGACCUAGGAUUAACCAUCUUCAACUGCUUCAUCAAUGACCUUUCUUCCAUCAUAAGGUCAGAAGUGGGGAUGUUCACAGAUGACUCCACAAUGUUCUGCUCCAUUCUUGACUCCUCAGAUAGUGAAGCAGCUUAUACCCAAGUGCAAUAGGACCUUACAAUAUCCAGGCUUGGGCUGACAAGUGGCAAGUAACAUUCGAGCCACACAAGUGCCAGGCAGUGACCAUCUCCAACAAGGGAGGCUCCAACCAUUGUCCCUUGACAUUCAGUAGCAUCACUAUCACUCAGUUCCCUACUAUCAACAUCCUAGGGGUUACCAUUGACAGGAAACUGAACUGGUCUGGCCAUAUAAACACCGUGACUACUAGAGCAGGUCAAAGGCUAGGAAUCCUGUGGCAAGUAACUCACCACUUGACUCCCAAAAGCCUGUCCACCAACUACAAGCUCAGGUCAGGAGUGUAAUGGAAUCCUGAAUGAGUGCAGCUCCAUCAACACUCAAGAAGCUUGACACCAUCCAGUACAAGGCAGCCCAUUCAAUUGGUACCCCUUCCACAAGCAUCCAAUCCCCUCUACCACUGACAAACAUUUACAGUAUCUACAAGAUGCACUGCAACAACACAUCAAAGUUCCUAAGCCAACACCUUCCAGACCCACGACCACUAUCAUCUCCAUCGACGAGAACAGCAGAUACCUGGGAACACCUCCACUUGGAAAUCCUCUCACCAUCCUGACUUGGAAACAUAUCGCCGUUCCUUCAUUGUCGCUGGGUCAAAAUCAUGGAAUUCCCUCCCUAACAGCACUGUGGGUAUACCUACACCUCAGGGACUGCAGCGGUCCACGAAGGCAGCUCAUCACCAUCUUCUCAAGGGCAACUAGGGAGGGGCAAUGUAUGUGAUGCCCACAACCCAUAACUGAAUAAAUUAAAAAUAUGAAGAGA